GUGUAGUGUAUUUAUUAUUCACUCAUUUAUUCCUAGACGGUUUGAUAUUCGCAAAAGAAAGCCAUAGGAUACCAACUAUUAGUACAUUUGUAACUAUGUCAUCUGAAGAAGCAUCGACGAGAACUGACCCCUUUGAAGGAAUGGAGAUUGCCGACACCGACUUCUUGAUGGAUGUGAAAGGGCGCAGCCCAUGUCCGGUGUGCCAGCGAUCGAGAAAGUUCUUCUGCUACACAUGCUACGUUCCGGUCGCUGGAGUAGUCGACCGUGUUCCUCGAAUUACGCUUCCCUUGAAGGUUGACAUAAUUAAACAUAAAAACGAAAUCGAUGGCAAAAGCACGGCCGUCCACGCAGCAAUACUUGCACCGGACGAUGUUACAAUUCAUACAUACCCCAACAUCCCCGACUAUCGCGAGGAAGAAGGAGUGGUUCUUAUAUUUCCCACACCAACAGCCCUGACGGUUGCUAGUUUGUUCAGCGGAGAAACUUAUCAAAUGAAGGAAAACUACGGCCUUCCGAAAGGGUAUCACAUGGGCACUUUGUUACGCUUCCGAUUACACGACAUCGUUGAUGCACACGUGCAGCAAAGCGAAAAGGAAGCGGCGGAACCGAGUGGAUCAACCGAGUGGUCAAACAUUCCCGUACGACGAGCGGUCUUCAUCGACAGUACUUGGAACCAGUGUCGCGGGAUCUACAAAGAUGAGCGGCUUUCCAGUCUCCGGACGGUAGUGAUCCAAAAUAGAAUAUCACAGUUUUGGCGCCACCAGCGAAAUAGUCCUCGGUGGUUUCUUGCGACGGUAGAAGCGGUCCACCAAUUCUUGAUGGAAGUUCACAUCGCUGCCUGGGGGCUCGACAGUCGCUACCGCGGCUUAGAACACAUUCACCUCAAAAAGGACGCAAUCGCGGAAGGUCGUAUCUUUUUACCGGAUGCGCAGGAAUCGGAAGCAGUAAAACCGUACAACGGCCAGUAUGACAACAUACUAUUUUUCUUCCGCCACAUGUAUAACCUGAUACACAAGUAUUACGAUCACGAAAAACUUAAGUCUUAUCGAAGACCAGUGUACUAGAGCAUGAAGAGAGAUAAACAAGAGACGGCUGUAUUGUUCAAUCGAGGAACGGAUCGUUAUAAAUUUUAUUGCAAACGCUUGUCGCAUAGACACAGCAAAAAGCUA